UCGUUCCUAAAAUGUGUCUUCUAAAACCGUAUUCCUAAUUCUGCCUCAGGUUGGGAAUCGGUGACGUUUGUGGCUGGAUGGCCAAACCAAAACGAGUCAGAGGGAAGUUCCUCCUCCUCUUCAUUGCCAUCCUCAUUUUCAUCUUCUGCAUCACUGUGAAAACACCCAGGACGUACAGGAUAAUCCCACCGCUGCGCCGGGCUCCGAAAACUUGCCCUUUGCAGAUCUCUGAGCGAAGCAUCACUCCGCUCAACAACACCAAGCACUUGCUGGUGUCGGCCUACAUGGACCAGAGAGUGAAUGGCUUCGACGUACGCAUCAUUGGCAUAUUUAAGAGAGACUCCAUCCAAAAACUGCACUGUGUUUUCUGCUGUGCAGGACAGCUAUCAAGUAAAACUCCUGGAACAAUUUUACAACAUACGGACAACUUUGGUUUCCCCUACGUCACCACGGAUGUCAUGUGUCAGAUUCCCCAAAACUGCAGAGCUACACAUGUCAGUCUCUCUACUGAGCCAGGAGAAGUCCAGCUAGUUGACCAACCCUGGCUUCCUGUAAGAAAUAAGAAGACCAAUGGGAAGGAGGAAGAAAAGUUGCAGUUUAACUUCACAGUCUGCAUCUCCAACCUGUUUGGAGACUACAACAACGUCCUUCAGUUUGCACAGACCCUGGAGAUGUACAGAUUACUGGGUGUGGACAGGGUGGUGAUCUACAACACCAGCUGCGGCCCCGAUCUCAAUCGCCUGCUGCAGAUCUACAGCCAGGAGGGCUUCGUGGAGAUGGUGCCCUGGCCCAUCGACCAGCACCUGAAUCCAUCGCGUGGCUGGCUCUUCUCACUGAGCGGAGGGGACGUGCACUACUUUGGCCAGUUGACCACACUGAAUGAAUGUAUUUACAGAUCCAUGGACCGCUCGCGCUACGUGCUGUUGAACGACAUCGACGAGAUCAUCAUGCCUUACAAGCACAACACCCUGACAUCUCUGAUGGACGUGCUCCAACAACAGCAUCCAAAUAACGGGGUGUUCCUUAUUGAGAACCAUAUAUUUCCCAAGAAACCCUUCAAUGAAAGUAAAUGGGGUCCCCUGCCUCGUUGGAGAGGGGUGCCCGGCUUUAAUAUCCUUGAUAGAAUCUACAAGGAAGAGCCUGACAGAACUAUUUACCACCCCCACAAGAUGAUAGUUCAGCCAAGGAUGGUCCAGCAGACCUCAGUACAUGAAGUGCUCCAGAUGAUUGGGCAGAUGUUUAAGGUUCCACCAGACGUCUGCCGAAUCAUUCACUCCCCAAUCAGCACCCCGACACAACGACCGCUGGAGCAGCUUCACGUUGACACCCGAUUGAGGGACUUCACAGAAAAAUUGCUCCCCGGAGUGAAUAAGGUGCUGAGGAAAGCGGGCCUGCUGACUUAACAGAGGCAGAGAUGAUGCUUUAGAUGAGCCGAAACUAAAACUCUAAAUCUACCACAUUAUCACAAAAUGUGGCGGCUUCAUGCAAGGUCCGAUUGGCUGCAUCGUGUAAUGUUGUUUUAGGAGAUGCAUCUGUUGAUCCGGCUGGACAAGAGGCGCUACCAGCCGCAGUAUCCUGAAUAGUAGUGAGAAAAUAAAUC